AUGUUAACGGUAAUCCGCCCAUCGGCAGUGUGCAGAGGAGCGCGCGAGCGCAUUGGCGACGCGCAGAACAAGGCCAUAGCUCCCCGCGGUACCGGAUCGGAGCUCAAGCGGCGCGUCUUCCGUGACGUCUACUCUUCGCGCAAAGACCAAGAGCGCAUGGAGACCGGCUGGAUGCAGGCCCGGCCGGUUACUUCCUGCGGGAAUGAAAGCGUGCAAUCCCUCAUCUCGUCGUCUCACGGACUCCACCGCUCGCCCGCUCGCCCGCUCCCGACCGCCGUCGCGCGCGCACGCGCACGUCGCAAUCGAACGCCGUUCUCGACAGGGCGCAUACAGCCAGCAACUCGCGACGCUGUCCGUCAUCUUGCCCUCCAGCCGCUGUCCUCUGUCUGCAAACGCGCACGCCGUACUCUGUCUACUCGCCUCGCCUUCGACGCCACAUCCUCGCCCUCUCGUUCAAGUUUGCCCACUCGUCUCCUGCCUGCGCUCUCCUCAACGAAGCCUAUCCCAUCCCUUCCCGCGGUCCCCCGCCCGUUUCUGCGAAUUCAGUCCGCGCUCUUACCCUCCCGGACCAUCUCCAACCGUUUCGAGCUCCCACACACGCCUGCGGCGCUCGCCCGACUCGGUCUCCAACACGAGCUACCGGAGCCCCGCGUCGACGCGGCUUCCCUGAUGUCUCGUGGUCACGCACUCCUUGCCAUCAACGUUAACGGCACCACCGGACUCUUCACGCCCGCCCAAUGUGGCCAGUGGCAGAUCGUCCAAGGUGUCCUCCUCCAGCUCAUCGUCACCACCGUCGAAUUUCAUUCUUAUCACAUGCGGAACCGCAUUUUGGUUUACUCUCUCGGCGCGCUCUUCUUGGCCGAGCUCGCGUCGCUCUGCUACAUCCUCGCACUAGUGACUCCACGGCUAACGUACAACAACGAGUGCUACGUCACCUCCAGCCCGCCCAUCUUCCAGCACUUCUGGAUCAUCUCGCUCGCGUUCGACACCGUCCUCUUCGUGCUCACGAUCGGAAAGUUCAUCAACGCCGUCCGCCAAGGCUGGGGCAAAGGCCCCGUCAUGUGCGCAGCGAUCGCCCGCUCCACACUCACGGGCAUAUGCUACACGUGCGCUCCCUCCUCUCUGACGCGCGACCGCCGUCGAUCUCACCCCGCGUCCGCAGAUGUCGUCCUCUCCUUCGCUGGAUCGCGCCUCAUCUUCAACCCGCGCCGCGCGUCGACGAUCCACUCCUCCUCCGGCGACAUCACCUGCAGCCAGCUCGACAUCGAGCCCUCGCGCCUCUCGCGCCUCUCCGCGCUGCCCCGGCCGCGCCGCGCGCACGGCAUCGCGGUCACGAUCGAGCGCACGACGACGACGACGGACAACUUGGAGGCGCACAUCAGCCUCGACUGCGCUCCAGACUCCGUGGAGGCGACGAAGGGCGGGGAGGGCGACGGCGGUGCGUCUCCGAGCUUGUUCGCGUGGCACGAGCGCGAGCGGAUGGGGUUCGGGGUGCAGGAAGUUGCGAUUUUUGUAUGA